AUGAGCAGUUUCGAAAUUGAACACUUCCGAGUCAUCAUCGAGUGCUCGGACGCAUGCGGAUGCUCAUCAAAAUGCCCUCGUCGUCGUGUCCAGCAGGGACAGAGCAAGCACCUCGUGGUCUAUUAUGAAAAUGAGGUCAUUAAGUUUGGAUUGAGGGCGGUUGAGAAGAUCCAGAAGGGCGAAUUCGUUUGUGAAUAUACUGGAGUUGUCGUGCUUCCGAAAAAAGAUGUUCAACGGAAUGAAUCGUAUGAUGCAACGAUAAAUUUGCUGCAUGAGAACUUGGUCAUUGAUUCGUCGCAGAUUGGAAAUUUGGCUCGAUUCAUGUCCCAUGCCUGUGAGCCAAAUGCCGUGAUGAUUGAAACCCAUUCAAGAGUCAAGGAAUCGGACCCAUUGAUCCCCAGAAUCUCUGUCUACGCUUUGAAAGAUAUUGCAGUCGGAGAGAAGAUCGCUAUUUCCUACUACCGAACGGAACUAAUGCAGACAGGCGUUGGAAUCAAGUGCGGAUGCCGUCCAAACUGCCCGAACCAUCUUCCAACAGCUUGA